AUGAAUAAGCAGCGGCACGGGCCUCUAAAGAAGCAGAAGCAGCAGAGGGGGGCCCCUGAAGAGGGGCCUCUUGAUGGGGGCCCCCCUCUUCGUGACAAUGCAUUGCUCAGUGUACAGGAGAGUCCUUCUCUGCUCUCCGCUGCACCGCCCCCUGCCUUUCGCAGGCAGCAACCCACGAGCAGCAGCAAACUCAGCAGCAGCAAAUCCAGCAGCAUCCAACUCAGCAGCAGCAAGCGCAGCAGCAGCAAGAGCAGCAGCAGCACAAGCAGCAGCAUCAGCACAUGUAGCAGCACACGCAGCAGUACCAGCAACAGCCUAUGCAGCAGCAGCAAGGACGAGAUCGGGGGCAAUAACCGCUACAGCAAGAACAGCAGCGACACCAGCAGCAACAGCAGCAGCAGCAGCAACAGCAGCAGCAGCAGCAACAGCGAGAUGGGGUCUAGGCUCCAGGAGGUCGGCGGGUGGAGGUAA